AUGGCCGAGGUGGUGCGGCGCAGCUGCUUGCAGUUGCAGCGCUAUGUGAUCAAGCAGCUCCGGAAGCUCGUCAAGACGCGCAUGCGGGGCGAGACAUUCCGCAAGUGGGUCGGGCGCAACAUUGACAACUCGCUCCUGGCAUCGUUCAUUGACGUCGUCCAAGUGAUCCUCGGACUUGUCGUCACGAUCAUUUACUUUAACGAAAACUGGCUCGUCCUCAACGCGUCGACAACGACCGACAUCAGCAUCGACACGCUGCAGCUCAGCAUUAGCGUCUUCUUCACGUUCGACUAUUGCCUUCGGCUCUACGCGUCCGACAACCGCCGGUCGUUCUUUCUCAGCCCCAUAUCGAUGGUGGACCUCGUGACGAUCUUGCCGCAGUGGAUCGAGAUCAUCCUCGACAAGCUCAACGUCAAGACGGUCAAGAGCAUGUCGAGUGCGCUCAAGACGCUCCGGUCGCUCCGGUUUCUUCGCGCCUUUCGACUCUUGGCAUUUGCCAAGACGGCCAAGAAGCGCCAAACUGGCGUCCUGGUCUUGACGGUCAUGGCCAUCAUCAUUUGCAGCGCCGGUAUCAUUCAGGCGAUCGAGGCGUGCCCAGACACGAUCCUCGUGACCAUCGACGGCUCGACCGCGUAUACGUCCAACAGCACCAACUGCCAGGACAUGGAGAUCUACAACGCGUGCUACUUUGUUGUGAUUACAAUCGCAACACUCGGGUAUGGCGACAUUGCUCCGAAAUCCCAGAACGGCAAAGUCGCCGUGAUUGGGCUCAUCAUUUGGACGGGUAUUCUGCUGCCGCUGCAGAUUAGCAAGCUCAGCGAUGUCUUGAGCCGUGAGACCGAGUACGACAAGGCGUUCAAGGAGCGAAAGGAGCAAAGUCCGCACAUUUUGAUUUGCGGCGAAGACAAGGUCGUCAUUUUAUGUCCGUCGCUGCCAUCCCACAACCUCAAGCGCAUUUUACUGAACGGCGCGUACGAGCAGCGGGUCGUGUACCUCCAGGGCUCGGCCAUGCUCGACUCGGACCUCAAGCGUGCCAGUGCGUCGACCGCGCGGCUCUGCUUUGUCAUGAUCAACAAACUCUCGACUGACGGCGACCAGAGCGACACGGCGUCGAAUCUGCUCACCAUUUCGCUUCGCCACUACACGCGACGAGUGCCACUCUUUGUCCAAGUUCUUAAGACGGACAACAUCCGCCACGUUCACCUCUCGGGCGCCAACAAUAUUGUGUGCGUCGACCAGCUCAAGCUCGGGAUUCUCGCGAAAUCGUGCUUGAUCCCGGGCCUCUGUGCCUUUCUGUGCAACAUUCUCUUUACCUUUCGGCCGUUCUAUACCCAGAGCUCGAUCUGGGCCGCGGAAUUCCUCGAAGGGUGCGGCAACGACGUGUACGAGGCCCGGCCGCCGUCGUUUCUCCACAGCGCGAUCUCGUACCGCGUGUUGGCGUACAUUUUGUUUCAAGAAUUCCAAGCCGUGCCGCUCGCGGUCUGUGACAAUGCGUAUUUCGAGCUCUCGCUCUUUCCCGCGCGCAUGCUGGUGGGAAAAACGCACACCAUGUUUGUGCUCUCGAAACACUCGGACUGCGUCCGGCGCAUCGAAUCCCUCUCGUACACGUCGCUUCAAAAGUACCACACGAUCAUUCCCAACUUUGAUGCGAUCACGAACGCGUUCAACUCGAGCGGCGGCAGCAUCAAGACGCGCCUCCGCUCGAUGGCGCAGCGGGCGUCGAUCUCGCGGACUGCCUCGGUCAUCAUGUCCCACAUGUCCGCCGAACCAUCGCAGCUGUCGUCCAAAAACUCGCGCUUGGGAAGCGGACACAUGGGCAACGAGUCGCGCGUGCUACCGUGUGGGCCCGAGCUAUACGAGGCCAAACCAACACCGAUGGACGACGACGUCGACGACGACUCGGCCGACGAGCAGUCUAGUGCCCCGGUCGCUGCGUUAGACAACCCUCCAUCUAAUCAUGUCGUUGCCGAUGCAGCACCGCCACAAACGGCAACCAUGAGCGUUGUGCUUCCUCUGCAAGUGCCGCAGCAUACACCGGGGCACGCGGACUUGCCGCCGAUCAAGGCGCACCACGACAGCAACAUCAACGCCGACGAUCCGCUUUUGAAAGCAACGGCCUCGGGACACACGCUGCCACAGCCAUCCGAGUCGCCCGACCGACCGGAAGGUGUCGAGAACGCGCUGCGAGCGACCGUGGAGCGACUUGUGCUGACGACCGAGACGCCGCCAACCAAACUCGUAUCCGAGCACCGUCGAUCGACACUAUUCCGAGAGACCUCGUCCCCCGACUUGCGCGGUCAAGGCAUCCACGAGCGCACCUCGGUGACCUCGUUUCAACCGUCGACCAAGGCGAAGGACGGGCCUCGACCGAGCCUCGUGCGCAGCUACGAGACGUUCCUCAUGUCGCGCAUUCCGCAUGACGUCAAGGACCAUAUCGUGCUCUGUGGAAUGCCCAACAUGCUCCACGACUUUGUCGGGCCGCUGCGCACACUCAAGAUGCAGCACACGGCGUCCUCGAUGCCGAAUGAAUUGCUCGCGUCGUCGCAUUUAAGCAAUGCGAUUCCGAUCGUGAUCAUUUCGCCGCUGCCGAUUUCCGAAAAGCAAUAUGCGAGCAUUGCCACGUACGACCAUGUGUACUACCUCCAAGCGUCGCCGCUGCACGAAAUUACACUGCGCGAGGCCCAAGUGUACGCAGCGGCGACCAUUGUCAUCUUGGGGUCGUGCACGCGGACGUCCCAUGACGACGACCAAGAGCAGUCGAUGGACUUUAUCGACCAAAACAUGAUCGACACGGAUGCGAUCACGUUACAUCGGUUCAUCACCGAAGCGUGUGAGAACAACUGUGCCCCCAACGAGCCCAUGCCCAAAAUUACCAUCGAAUUGAGCCGCCCGAGCAGCCUGCGCUUUCUCAAGGACGAACACACCAAGCUGGACUCGGACGACGACGCGCGCGUCAUCAAACAAUUGACGCGCCAAGUCAUCUCCCGCGCCGACGACCCGCUGGACAAUAUUUGCAGCCCCCUCUACGCUGCGGGCAAGGCCUUUAUCUCCAACUCGCUCGACGCGCUCCUUGGGAGCUGCAACUCAUACGGCAGCAUCAUUGACCUCUUCCACUUACUCGUGCUCGGUGAGCCGCCGGGGCCAGACGGCAGCACGCGCCGACUGCGCUGUUUGGACCAGAUUGCGGUCCCUACGCAGUAUUGGAGCAAGCCGUAUGGCCUCUGCUACCAAGAUAUGCUUCUCAAGCACGUACGUUGA